UACACAUAUAUUGUUUACUUCACAGACAAAAUAGAUAUAACCACGACCAUGUCAGAGGAAGUCGGGAGUGUGCGUCCAAACCCAUAUAUCUUUGACAUAGAAAAUCGAAGGAAAAGAAAACCACGACUAGCACAUGAUUUAGGUGCUGGAGCCAAGUGUAAUAAAUGUGGAGAUAAAUGUCCAGGAUUUGAGCUUCACUUUUGGAGAAAAAUCUGCAUGAACUGUCGAUGUGGGAAAGAUGACCAUGAAGUAGAGGAUGAUGACGAGGACAUUGGACGGAUAGUCAUUGGCAAGUUAUUUGACCGACCGCCACGCACUAGGAAGGAAGAACUGGAGUACUGCCAUGGAAAUCAUUUGGAUAUUGUUAAUGAAGAAACUGGUAAAACAGAGAAACUUAAAUUUGACUGGGUUCCUCCAAAUGUUGAAAAGAGUCUUGCUGCACGUUACAUGGCACUUCUGCCUCCUGAAAAGAGACCACUUGCUGGCUCGCAGGCAGCCAAAGAGCGUCGUAGACAAUUGGAGCAGCAACUUCCUCUGUAUGAUAUGGAUGAAGCUCAGAGAUGUGACAAUAUGCCAGCUGAGGAGCUGCAGUGCUUCCAUGCUUACCUUGAACGCAUUAGAACCCAAAUAGCUGGUCAAGGUUUGGUUCAAGAAAUUCCUGGUGCUCCAGUUAAAUCAGUGGCACACCCUUGGCAUACUCAACAGUCAGCCAAAAAUGCUGUACAAGGCUCUGGGAAAGAUGCAGAGAACAAUGAUAAUAUAGGUUAUUAUCCAGAAUCCACUGGAAACAGUUCAUUGUAUGGAGUUGCCCCAAAAGAUCAUAUUAUUCGGAACAAAAACUUGCCCCAUGUGGAUGACCAUACUUAUAGUCAGCCUGUUAGAUGUGCUGGAAUGCAGCCUGAUAACAGGUCUAGCUUACGUGAUCAGUUUAUGGGGGCGAUGAUUGGAGAUUAUGGUAGCACUGUCAGUUUCACAGGAGGGUCUAUAGCUAACAGUGAAAAGUAUGCUGUUACACCUCAGACUUCCAAACUUAUAAGAGGUUUGAGUACUGACCAACCUUUGGAUAACAUUUCAGCUGAUUUAUCUAACCUGAAUAUCAAUAGAAAUCAGACGACAGGAGCUGCAAGACAAGGUGCUGUAUUUGGUUCUGAUAAUAUUCCAGGUCAACAGUAUAUGGAACAGGAUCAGCAAAGUGAUAUCCCUAGUCAGUACAAUAAUAAUAUUCAAGGCAAUCAGGCUCUCACUCCAGGUCAGCAAGGUUAUAGAACUGGUCAGCAAGACUAUAUGCCAAAUCAGGAAAGAAUGAAAAAGGGACACCUUCCUCUCCAGAAAGGCUAUAUGCCUAAUAUUGAGGGGUAUAAAAAUAUUUCAGAUCAGCAGGUUUACACGCCUAUUAAAGAGAACACUAUUCAUGGUUAUCAUAUGGGUGCAUCAGAACCAGGCCAGUAUGGCCUUGUACCAGGUCAGGAAACAUGUGUGUUAGAUAAACAGAGCCUCACACCAGGUCAUAUGCCUGGUACACAAGGACUUGUACCAGGUCAGGAGGGCUAUAUGCAUGGUAAGCAAGGUGUGAUAGGCCAAGAAGCCUAUGUGCCUGAUAUUCAGGGCUUUGCUCCAGGUCAGGAAAGCUGUGUGUCGGAUAAACCAGGUCUCACAUCUAGUCCAGUAGGUCAUGUACCUGGUAAGCAGGGCCUUGUGCCAGGUCAGGAUGGGUAUGUGCCAGGCCAGCAGGGACUGAAUCCACCUCAGGAGGGUAGUAUGUUUGCUAAACAGCAGUUAUAUACUCUUACUAAAGAGAGUAUUCCUGUCUACCAAAUUGGUGCAUCAGAGCCAACAAAUCAGGUUUUUGGCCAAGAAACUGGCAUCCCACACAUGGGCAGUAUUGGAAGUAUUCAGGGUGUUACUCCCAACCAAGGCAGGGUACCACAGCAACUGAUGAAUGCCAAAAAUGGGAAUAUCACUUCUGUAGAAGCUGUGCAGGCUCCUUAUGGAGCUCGUUUGGACACUAUGGCAGGUGGGAUGUCCUUAGCACCUGGGACUGAUGUUACAGUGCUCUUUCCUGGUGAGAGCCAAGUUCUUGGUUCUAAUAAAAACAGUAUUGCAGUUCAGAAAAGUAAACUGUCCUGCCAGUACUGCAGUCUUCCCAUGAAUGUUGGUGAUGUGGCCAUUUUCUGUGAGAGGGCAGGAUUAGACAAGUGUUGGCACCCAGCCUGCUUCUGCUGCUACACAUGCAAAGAACUGUUGGCUGACCUUAUCUAUUUCUACAAAGAUGGCAAGGUGUUUUGUGGACGGCACUUCACAGAUGCUGCUGAUAUGCCUAGGUGCAAAUCCUGUGAUGAGGUAUGCUACAAAACUCUUAAAAUGUUUAAAUAGUAAUUCUCUGAUAUC